UUUUUUGGCUUGCUGUUGUCUAUUACCUCGCAUAUCGACCCAGAAACCCGACCCCUUCCCAGCAAACAACCCGCCGCAUAUGCAGAGCCACAAUGCGGCAGGCCAAGGUCGAUGGUUGCAAAGGUAAACAAACGGCAGGCGGUGCCGAAGGCAAAGGCACGCUGCGUGGAUCUCACAAAAGGGGGUUGGGAUCGGCACAUUUCGACAAAGAGGGAUGGGAUAAAACCAGCUGAUUUGCUGGCAGCAUGGACAAUCGGGGAUAGAUGGCAAGCAAGCCAGCUGCAUCAUGGGUUCGGCCCGAAAUACUUGCCUUGACUGACAUGAUUUUGUUCCAGAAGAGAAGCGGGAGCCGGCUUUGGCCCACUUGCGCUGCUUUUAUGGCAAUCAUUGGCGAAUGUUCUUGCGAAGCCAGCAUGCGGAAUUGGGUGGAGCAAGGGAUCGAUAACGACUGCUCGCGCGGAUUCAUUGGGCUCUCUCGACGCUUCCUGAUGCGGACUACAACCGACAUAUGGAGACAUGUGCAUGGAAACAAAGAAGCGGUACGUGCACGAGAAAACAAUGCAGGAAUAUUCAGGUACACGUUCCAAUCAGACUUGUUCUGAUGCCAUGUAGUUUUCCAUCAUGUCUAUAAAUAAUGAUUAGUGUG